AUGCAAAAGAAUCUCGGCAUUGAGAAGAGCUGCUCCAUGCGAGAAUGCUCCCUUCCGGCCUCCGACGACACAUCCUCGUCCACUGAUUUGAGUGAUGCUCCGUUGCUUGUCAGACGGCGGAUCUCACUAUCGACAUACUACACCUACAUCGACAUUUUCCGAAGCCAGCUCUACACUGUAUGGCCUAUCGUCUCGACCAAUGUCUUGAAGGCGCAACUCAACGAUAUUGCAAAUACCGAAUCACACGCGCUGGCAGCCGCGCUUUGUGCGGCAACGCUGGCCCAGUUGCGUCUCCCGGGGCAUACCCAAGCGCAGGAAUCCUUCCUAGUUACCUCGGGCGACUUUGUGCGAGAGUGCAUCCGGCUUCGGACUGACCAUAAUCCUCAGAACAGUGCCAGCCUGGAGUCUCUUCUGACGUCACUGUUUCUGCACAUGUACUAUGCCAAUGUAGACCAGAUUCCACUUGCUACGUUCGCGUUGCGCGACGCCAUCACCCACGCCCACCUCCUCAGUCUCGGAAAUGUGGAGCUAUUCAAGGACUCGCAGGAAGAGCAACAGUUGAGACUUCGUGUAUACUGGAUAUUGCUGGUCACAGAACGUACUUUCUGCAUGCAGCACGAGCUUCCGAUAACGCUGCAGACGAUAGAAGACCUACCGGUCCCAGUCGAUGACGGCGACUCAGAUCCAGCAUUACUCACCGGGUUCUGCAAUCUCGUCCGGCUCUUUACGCGGAUUGACGGGCCACUGCUCCAAGCGCCGUACCUUGCGCCGCAUCCAACUUACUCCCGAGCCAAGAUCACGGAUAUCCAGGAAGAUCUCCAGACCAGAGCCACCAAAGACCCGAUCAUUGACGAGGUUCAGCGUGUCGACAUCUGGGUUACCUUAGCCUGGCUGAGUUCCCUGCUUUGGCAAUAUUCGGCAUCACAUUAUAUGCUUGCGUCUGACUCAUCGAACGUCUGCCUUGCCCCAAGCUACCCGUUUGUCAUUGCGAGGAAUUUUCUCUCGUUGGUAUGCGGCGCGUCGCUUGACUCGGUUCGCCCUCACGGCUAUGGCAUGGAAAUCAAGCUAUUUCAACUGGCGAACUCGUUAAUAGAUGUUCUCGUAUACGUUCCUUCCUUAUCGAAAAUAUACAGUGACUGCGAAUGGGGACCCCGGCACGCCGUUGUGGAACUAGAGCACUUACUUGACAUUGUUGCCGGGGGGAAGUCCGAAAGAUUAGACAACUUGCAUAUUCGCAUGGCACAGAUCGACUAUACGCCGGCCCCAAGGAAAGCGUUGCCAAGUAGUGAGGACGAUGAUCGAGAGCUGGAAGGUUCACCCGUCAUUGACUUGACUUCAAGCCCUGACGCAGAAUAUCAAUGGUCUGACGGCAAGAGAGAGCUUAUGCUGCAGUUGGGUCCGACGGACAUGAAUUUCUCUACCGUCUUUCCGGAGUUUGGCGUUGGAGUUGUAUCUUUCUUCCCGGCCGGCGGAGAUGAGCCCUCUGGAUAUGGAGAGGCAUUUUACGAGUGUCCGGCCGAUUUUUUCGCUCGGGGAGCCCGUAUGCCUCAUAUACCCAGGUCGUCUCCGGCCGGGUGCUCGCGCGUUGUGUUCGAAACCUGA